GAGAGAGAGAGAGAGAGAGUGAUAGUUAAGCUCACAUGAGAGGAAGUGCAAGACACAGAAAAGUCAGAGGGAGCCCGUUGUAUCAAGCAGUUGACUGUGACUACCUCUGUCAGUGCACAGCCAGGCUCCAGCGUUGAAGCAACACUCCCCUGUCAAAGCAGGAUCUAUCUUCUCCCCAAGCCUCCAAGCCUGUCCGACUGCUGCCUCUGUGAUUCACUGGACUGCUGUGGGAGCACGGAGGGACCUCUCACUGGAUGUCAUCACCCAAAACUGUGGAUGUGAUCAUCAGCAAUCAGGUUUCAUUAUCCAUACAUGGGGAGAAGCCCAUGGACCUAAGUGUGACCCAGCGGCUGUUACAUCCAGGCCCAGAUUCGGCCAUGCUGGCCCCUCGCCCUCCCUUCUUCCUGGGACACCUCACCUCUCAGCAUUGUUCCCAGUUUUCCCAGCAGCACUUGCAGUAUAACAUUGAACUAAGGCAAAGAGAGAUGGAGGAGGGGAAAAGAGAAGAGCUACAACAGCUGAUACGAAAGAGUAAAAAUGAGCAGAGUGCUGUAGCCAGUCCUCUGGUAAGGCAGAAACUUCGGGAACACAUAAUUAUGAAGAGCCAGCCCACCCAUGACAGGGUUACUUCCAACCACAGCAGUCCCACACCAGGAUACAGGCUCCCGGUUCCUGACAUGUCCACAAAGCCUCAGCCUACACCCUGUGACCAGCGUAAAGACCUCGCCCUGCGCAGGACAGUCUCUGAGCCCACUCUGAAGUGGAAGUUAAAGAAGCUCAUCAGUACAAGGCCAAACCCACUGCAGCGUAAGAUCAGUGCCCCUCCAGCUGUUAAGCACAGGACAGAAACUCUAGACUCUUCCCCCAGCAGCACCCCAGCAUCAGAGUGCAGCUCACCCAACGACAGCCUCCAUUCGGAUAAUGUGGCCCUCCCACUGGCUCAUGAGGCACAGAGGUUGCUGCUGAAGGAUGGUAGUUUGGCCCAUUUCACUUUGCCCCGCAACCCCACUGCUAUGCCCAACAUCACUGCUGGACUUCCUGCACAGGCUGACCUGCGAGUAGCAAGGCCGUUGUCAGUAUCUGCUCUGCAUCAGGUCUACCUGCCUCUGGAAGGAAGCAGUCCAGCCCUGGCUCAGCGCCUGCAGCCUGUGCUCAUACUGGAACCACAAACCGGACUGGUGCACUCCCAACUUGUCUCUCUUGAUGGUUUGAGCUCCAUUCCUCUGCAGCAGCAGCAGCAGCAGCAGCAGCGUCACCUGUCCAGGAGAGAAGGCGUAGUUACCUUGCCCUACCACAGACCCCUAGAGCGAACACGCUCAGAGCCUCCACCCUACAGCCACUCACCCCUUACUCUGCAUGCCAGCCAUCACUCACACACUCAGCACUACCUACCCCAGCAAUACCACAAGACCGGGCUGGAGAGGUUCAAGCAGAAUGCACAGCUGAGCAAGCCAACAAGCAAGUCCAUUAAGAAGCCUCGUCUGACACAGAUCCCAUCGGAGGACAUGGACCUGGAGGAGAUUGGAUCAGGAUCUGGUUCGGGGCCAGGAUCCAUGUGCGGAUCAGAACCGGGCUCAGUGUGCGAAGACAGCUACCACAGGAGACAGAGCACUGCCAGCACAGACUCAGUUUAUGACACAGAGUCCACUACCUCUUCAAGGGAGAGCUUGAUCGAGCCCUCACAGACCCAGAGGCAGGUGAUCCUUAGACCAGGUUUCCAGCUGGACCCCCCGGGUGUGCCUGCCCUAAUUUGGCCUCACCAGCCUCUGGUUCGGACCCAGUCCUCCCCAGCCUCCACCUCCCUGCCUCCUCCUUCACAUCCACCCACUACCAUACCUUCCCUGUCACUGUCCAGCCCUGCUGCAGACAUCCAGCUACGCUUCACCACAGGUCUUGUUUAUGAUGCUCAGAUGCAGAAGCACCAGUGUACCUGUGGGGACAACAGCCGCCACCCUGAGCAUGCUGGGAGGGUCCAGAGCAUCUGGUCCAGACUGCAUGAAAGAGGUCUCAGGAGCCAGUGUGAGCGUAUCCGCAGUAGGAAGGCCACUCUAGAAGAGCUGCAGUCAGUCCAUUCAGAGAAACAUGUGCUGCUGUUUGGUACCAACCCGCUCAACCGCCUCAAGCUGGACAACCGCAAGCUGGCUGGAAUCUUAUCUCAACGGAUUUUUGUGAUGUUACCAUGUGGAGGUGUUGGGGUAGAUAUCGAUACAAUCUGGAAUGAACUUCACACAUCAGCAGCUUCACGUAUUGCUGCAGGAUGUGUCACAGACCUGGCACUGAAGGUGGCACAAGGAGAGCUGAAGAAUGGCUUUGCAGUGGUGAGGCCCCCUGGACACCAUGCAAACCACUCCUCCCCUCUGGGCUUCUGUUUCUUCAACUCUGUGGCCAUCGCUGCCAAACAGCUCCAACACAAACUCAACGUCAGCAAGAUCCUCAUCGUGGACUGGGAUGUUCACCAUGGCAACGGCACCCAGGAAGCCUUCUAUAAUGACCCGAGUGUGCUGUACAUCUCUCUACAUCGCUAUGACGAUGGCAACUUCUUUCCUGGUAGUGGACAUCCCAGUGAGGUGGGUGCAGGUGCAGGCGAGGGCUUCAAUGUAAAUGUAGGAUGGACAGGGGGUUUGAACCCUCCCAUAGGUGAUGCCGAAUACUUGGCUGCAUUCAGAGCCGUGGUGAUGCCCAUUGCCCACGAGUUUUCCCCAGAUGUGGUGCUGGUGUCAGCUGGCUUCGAUGCUGUCGAAGGACAUUCGUCAUCACUGGGAGGCUACAAGGUCACGGCCAAGUGUUUUGGCUUCCUGACCCGUCAGCUGAUGUCAUUGGCCGGGGGUCGGGUGGUCCUGGCUCUGGAGGGGGGACAUGACCUCAAGGCCAUCUGUGAUGCCUCUGAAGCCUGCGUCAGCGCCUUGCUGGGCAUGGAGGUGGAGCCUCUGUCCCAGUCUGUGUUAGACCAGAAGCCUUGUGAAAAUGCUGUCCAGUCGCUGCAGAGAGUCAUCCAGGUUCAGGGUGAGUACUGGCAGAGUGUGAAGGAUUCAGCCGCCACAGUGGAUCUUUCCUACCUGCAGGCGCAGAGACGACGGCUGAGACGAGACUCGGACAGCGAGGCCAUCAGCGCCAUCGCCUCGCUGUCGAUGGGAGCUAUCGCAUCUGACAAGAAGCAGCCAGAAAAACUGACAGACAAAGGUGCUUCUCACUGAAGAAAGAGUCUCCUGACAGUUGCCUUCAACCAAGUCUCAAAGGAAACACACAUACACACACACACAAAGCAACGCAUUUGGACCAUCACUGGAAGCAGAUGUCCUCCUCAGUUUGACCACUGUAUUCAUCACCUCACAAAAACUCCUCCACCUGCAUUACUACUGGCUGCAGUCUGACCACUCUGAUUCAAACACACACUGAGGAACAACAUUCAUAUUCUCAUGACGCCUCGACAGGCUUCUCCUGAAGGGGACAUCGAUCUCUGAACUGAGAAAAAGUUGAAAAGAAAGACAUCCAGAGGCAGAUUAACGAUCUUCACUCUCUUGUAGCAUUGGGAGCUAAUAGCAUGACGUAGCAUGAACACACACUUGACAAAGCGCAGCUCUGCAACUUUAAACAUUCACCUCCCACAAGACCAGCGAGAGACCGCUCGGACUGUUGUAACCUUGAAGCCGGGGUCAGAGGUCACCUCGGCUUACUGGAGCCAAUCACUCAGAGCGGAAGGAGUCGUCCCUGCAGGACGUGCUGGUGAAGGAGAGCAGACAUACCCUCUGCACUUAAAGCGCGUCCCGCUAUGAUGAUGUCAUUUGUCUGCAUGUGACAAAGAUCCAAUGAAGGAAAAGUUUCUGAUGGUUUUGCACUGUACCGUUCUGUAAUGUGAAAUGGACAAGAUGGAAGAGAUGCAGCCACAUCGGCCAUGUUGACAGUCAAACAUCUUGUUUGGUCACAUUUUUAGCUUAUUUGAAUUCAUUUGACCUAUGGCACACAUUUUUGUGAAUGUCAGUACGAGAUCCAGUAAGAGUGAAGCUACAGUGAAGUCUGAGAUACAUGUGUUUUAUAUUGUUUUGUAUGUCCACAUAUUUUCUUAAAUCUUUUUUUUUUUUUGUCUUGGCCUGUCGGGCGAGCAUAUGCAGCAAGACUGUGCAUCGCUGCAAUUAUUGUUAGAAGACACAGCAGUCUUUGAUGAAGUGCAUCUUAAAUGUGUAGACAUACUGUAGUUUGUAUCAGUGGCAUUAGUCACAAUGAAGAGCUAAUACCUCUAGUCAUUGGAGUAUCAAUAUCAUGGGGGAAAGUAAUCACUUUGAAAGGUUCCUGAAAGAGAUUCUUUACACGUCAGCAAAGACAGAAGUCACCCAUGAUGCCUCAGUGCAGCAGACCACUCAGAAAUGAUUGUUAAUGUUACAAUGCAGAUCACACCUUCUCUGUCAGGAGAUGGAUUUUUAACAUUUUGGAUGAGACUCAUCCAAAGACUUUAUGACAAUCACACACUUACAGUGCCCUCAGGAAGGGAGGAUCAGAAUGACUUGGGUCUUAAAAUCUGAACAUUGAUCAUAUGUGUUAAGUGGACCAGUGUUUCUACCUGUGGAUGAGCAUUCCUGCUGUAUUUAGUAAAUGUAUUUUAUAGUUUCAUUUCUUCCAUAACAAGGACCAACUGAUGUGUCCUUUGUUCAUCAUUGACGUAGCGUUCGUCUGGGACGUUUUGCUCCCCGGACCAAACAGCGACAUUUUAGCAGUUAGUACUUUAAUAAUACUGAGAUAGUUGAAUAUCCACACAGUGCAAUUGGACACAGGACAAGCGCAACCAAAGUUUAUGAGAACAAUGUGCCGUCCCUGGACUGGCAUGGCUUAAAGAACUUCAAAGAUUUUGAAGAGUUUGUGAAUGUUUCUUUUUUCUAUCCAAACAGUUGAACAGAACCAAAAGCACAGGAUGGAUAUAUAAACAAAUUCAUUUCUCAAAAAAAAAAAACUACAUGACUUCUAUUUAUACAUUCAGAUUCUGUGUCUUUGAAGUGCUCUUUGCAUGUCUAACACAAUUUUGACAGUGCUAUGGAUUAUUUUUUUAAACACAGUUUGUUUGCUUUCUUUCUUUCUUUAUGUUGCAUUGUGUAUGCAACUCAAAACCUGUCAAAUCUGUGUUAAUGUAAUGAAAAUGUGAAAACAAAUGACGGUGAGAGAGCGCAGAGCAGUUUCAGCUGCAUAUCAUGUAGGACAGUCCAACAGAGAGUGUAGCUUUAUGUGGUUUUACAAGAACAUUCAUGACAGUGACCUGACAUAUCUAAUGUCUUAUCUUUUGUCUUAAUUAAUGCAAAUGACUUAUUUUUGUAUUUGAUAUCAAAAAUGAAAUCUGUGCGGGCGUACUUAGAGACCAAAUUAUCAGCCCGUGUGCCUUAAAGUAUCAUGCUGACCAACCUGUGUGAAGGUAGCCUUAACAAACUGGAUCUUAAUUAAAACUGCAGGCAAAGUCCAGUUUUCUCAUUACUGACUCUGAUUUUGUUUCUGUACAGUGUACAUAAUGACUUUGUUUUGGAUUUUUGUCUGCCUUUGUCUUUUCUACUAUUUUUGUUUCCAAAAAAAAUCCUUAAUAAAGGUAAAUUAUAUACA